CUUUUCUUCGGCUACCUGCGUGAGUACUGAUCAACCAAAACCGCUCUUUUAGGUACCCAGCUUCUUUUGUCUCGACCAAGAACUGUCAAACAAGCCAAUCUGCUGAACGGGUCGCAGCUUGGUUUUACUGGUUUUCUGAUCUCGGGUCGAUCGUAGCACCUGGUCAACUCUCUUCUCCAGGGGCUUGCGAUUCAUUGCAAUUACUCGCAGCCCCUGGCCGACAAUAUUCUGGUCCUUUCGAGAGGAAACUCGCAGAGGGCCGUUUGUUCCCGGCCUUAAGGCUGCCACAUUGCGGAAGCCUGCCGGUCUACUUGCUCAAGGAGCCCGUGUCUCCUGUUUGGAAAGAAUGGGCAAGAGUAAGAAGAAGAACCAGGGUGAACCGCCACUUGGUGAUUUUCGCAAAUGUCCCUCCGCCCGUAAGCUCUUUGAGUCUCUCGGCCGGGCAUUUCCUGUCAAGGUCAACAAACAGCGUACCCUCAACAGCUUUGUCAUAUGGCUUAUCGAACGCCUAAUUGACAAGGACGUGUCCAACCCAUCAAGCGCUGAAUCCGAACUCAAAGAGUGGUAUCAGCUGCUCAAGAGCUGCCGCAUUGACGACCAGACCAUCAUUGAUGGUUUUGUCGAGCUAGAGCAGACCCACGUCUCAGAGCACCCUCUCGACGCGAGACGUCUUCACAUCGUGGAAACUGAGUUGCGGGAACUAAUCAGGACUACGGCCUCGCUGCCCCCAGCUCCAUCCAAAUCUUCAACAACUCAAAAGAUUCAAAAGCCCUCGGGCAGUUUGUCCAAGCCCAUGGAUGAACACAAGCAUCUCAAUCGGCGGGUGUCAGUCCUGAGGAUUGUUGCUGGCCCUGACCCUUCAAAGUCAACAAACGAUUACACCCAUCCGGAUAGAAGACUGUCAGACCCACCGGCCCGCAAUGACUCUACCGCUGCCUUUGAAGGAGACAUGAGCGAUUAUAUCCAUCCUGGAAGAAGGGCUCUUGUCAGCACACCACGAGAGUCUCCGAAACAUGAUGCUCCGCCGCCAACAUUGGCUCAUAUGCACCCGGAUAGGGCUGCAUCUGUCUCGGGCAAGAGUAACACAUUUGAUCCUUCCUGCCCCGAUUUGCCGUUUUUAUCAGGAGCAAAUCCAAUGGCCAUGGAAGACUUGGUGAGGCAGAGAGAGAAAAAAAAGCAGGAGCAGGAGUGGGAAAAAUGGGAGCAGGUGGAGAAGCAGAGGCAGAUGCAGAAGGAGAAGCAGAAGGAGAAGGAGAAGGAGAAGGAGAAGGAGAAGGAGAAGGAGAAGGAGAAGGAGAAGGAGAAGGAGAAGGAGAAGGAGAAGGAGAAGGAGAAGGAGAAGGAGAAAGGCAAGGAUCUCUCCUUUCUUACCGGUUCCAACCGAAUGGUGUUCGGUGAUGACUGGGCGUUGGCCAGAACGAAGAAGAAAAAGAAAAAGGCCGCGCAAACUGAGCUAGUUUUGGAGUACGGUGAGAGCCCGGUUGACGUGGGAAACGCCAAAUUGGCUACCAAGGGUGACAAGGAGUUUACCAUACCGGGAAACUAUGUGUGCAACCGUUGCAACGUGCGUGGCCAUCUUAUUCAAGAUUGCCCAACGAACGGGGACUGGCGAUAUGCCGUCAAAGCACCCGAGGACUACACUUGCAAUUUUUGUGGAAAACAGGCAGAUCACUAUAUUGAUGACUGCCCGCGGAAGCCUUCGAAAGGCUCGCGCAACGGUCAAACUGAGCGUGACGCGCCUCGGAGAGUCGUCAGUGAUACCAUCCGAGAUUCCGUCAUAGACUCCUACCGACCCGAGCCCCGCUCCCACAAGCGACAUCGCAGUAUGGACAGUGAGUUUGACGAUGAUGACUAUUUGGCCUCGAGACCUCACCGCCGUGGGACGAGGGGCCGCAAGUCUCGGCGUGCAGAUGAUGACCCAGAGAGCAACGUGUCUAUUGGGGGAAGGGCUGGUACGAACGACAGUCCUUGGGGUGACUUGAAGUCUUCCAUCGUGGGUUAUCUCGAUCCAGACAAGCCGGUUGGUGACGAACCCCCCACCAAGGUCUACACCAACCGCAGGCCUCCGCCCGUCAGCCCGGACCCCCGUGAGGAGGGACGGCUUUCGUAUUAUGAUGUGCCAUCUGAAGACGCGCAGCCCGAGCACUCCAUUUUGAAGAAGAAUAAUAAGAAGAAGACGCCCCCGAAGAAAACGCAGCUGAUUGUGCCCAAGUUCGAGAGAUCCCCUAUUCGUAUCGCCAAUGCGCCGCCCCCCAGAAUUCGAGUUGACCCACAGCAAGUCGGCCAAAUGAUUGAGGAAGAGAGGGACAAGAACGACUUGAUCCCCUUGUUCUUCAAGAUGUUUUUGGGCAAGAAGGUCUAUUGCAGGACCAAGGCCAAGCGUCCAGUGGCAAUUGACUUUAUUGAUAUGCCCUCCGAGAGUGAGGGGGGCGAUGACGAUGCCAUGGAGAUGGACCAGGCUCAAGAUUCUGUCAAGAACGAGCAAGGCGAUACGUCCGCCCAGCUGAAGAGCCGGCUCCCGCCUGGGCCCUCGGUGGACGAGCCACAGCAGGCGACCAAUUCUUCUGUCAUUCAACACCUCCACGGUGUCAUCGACGUGGAUGAUGUUGUUGUCAUGACGGAGACUAGGCCGUCUGUCAUUGUCAGCGGGUUGGGAGACGUUACCGAUCUCACUGGGCUAUCUGAUGGCGAGUCCCAGAGCCACAUUGUGGUGGUUGAUGAUUAG